AUGUCGACGGCACAGACUACUGCUUCUCCACUCGCUCCUCGGGGCAAGCCGCAGAGCCCAGCUCAGGCACCGCACACCAAUCAAGGCCGGCAGUCGCAACGGAAACCGAGAGGGAACCGCGCACACAAUGGCUACAACCAAAACCAGUACAAUGGAGCAGGAGCGUCCCCGAGCAAGAUGCCUGCUGAACUCGCCCACGCGGAAGGCACGGUUUACUCAGGUGAGGACGCGCAUAUGCCACCAGGACCGCGCAACAUGAGGAGGCCCAACAACCGGUCUCAUCCCUCCAUCGACCGCGUCUUCUCUCCUCCUGAAUCAGAGCCCGUUCCCAUUAAUCCGUCGGCUACUCCGGCCAAGAUCCAGGCCGCUUAUGCGGGGCCUACUUUCCAUGCCUCUCCUGCGCCUUCUGCUCUGCCUAUACCCAAGUUUCUUUCUCGUUCUGUGCCGGCGAAAACACGUGCUGGUCCACCAACACCUCCGCCCGAAGAUAGUUCUGAUUCUGCCUCUCCGAGUCCUUCUGCUUCUCCUUCUCGUGCCCCGGUGGCCGCCCCCCCUCGUAAUGAACAAUCCCCGCUGGAUCUGCUUUUCAAGGCCGAUGCAGCAGAGAGAGCCAAAGGCAACCAUGGACGCCCAUUAGCGCACGGGCCAUUCAACCCAGUGGAUGCAGCCAGACCGCAGCACUUCAAGCAUGAUUCUUACCAUUCCAUGAACGGCGUCUUUCCCAUAGAGCUUGAUGGUGAAAGCAAGCACGCGCACAUGUCUCCUCCUCCCGUAGCAUCACCAGCUUCGCACCGCUCCGUCACAGACCCCAAUAAAGUCACGCAGCUAAAGGACGUGCAGCAGCAGGGCCACGGCAAUGAUGUGAUGCAGGACCUUUUCAAUCGACUUUCAAUGUCGCAGAAGAAGCCUUCUGCAACGCCUCCUCGACCGGAUGCUCAAGGACCCCAAGGAUUUUCAGGCCAAACACCGUCACCCUUCCAUGACGGUCGGCCUCCUGCUCAAACUGCGUCGGGGCCCACCACACCGCAGACACAGCCUCUGAACCAAGACUCUGACUUCUUCUAUGGCAACCGAAACCUUUCUCCACUCUUCAAAGCAGCAAAGGGAGAUUCAGCAAAGAAACGCAACUCCGGUCUCCGCACUGAGAUCUCAGCCGAGUCUCCUAUGGUUGGACAGGGCGAUUUCCAGAGUUUUCCUUCUGGUCCUCCCGCUCAGAUGAUGGAUCCCAACGCCUUCUCUCGAAACCAGCCAGGAAACAGCAAUGGAGGCCACCCGAAUGCGCCUCGUUCAUCAGCACCUUUUGUGCAACACUACCAGCAGAGCCCAAACAACCGCAGGAGGACGCCUGGUCGACAGCCACACCAGCCUCGUCCUGAUUCUCACCAAGCAAGAGGCAACAUGACCGGACCUGGCAAAACAGCCGCCAACGGUCCUCCAGCCUCUGCUGCGAAGCCUCCCACAAGUAUGAUGUCUUUUGUCCCUUCCUCCGUCGCUGCCAAACAACGUAAGACAUCAGCACCCGCCGCUACCGCGGGUGUUUCACCAAUGAAAACCUCCACCCCUUCCGAUACGUUGUCUUUGGAGCAAGAUCUCAAGCGUUUGCUCAAUCUCAAUCCGGCUGGCGAGUCCAGCGUCAGGUAG